ACAGGUGAAAAUUAUCACCAUCUUCUGGGCUUUAUAAUGACAGCACAGGGAAAGUUACAUACAGUCAAAGUUCACAAUGCAUCGAGGGAUCCUCAGACAGCCACAGAACUUCUUCAGCAGAUAUUAGAAGCAAUCAGCAAGACUGAGACAGAAUGGGGGGCUACUGUUAUUACUUGCACCACAGAUGCAUCUGGUGAAUCACAAAAGGCCCAUUGUCUGCUUCAAGAGAAAUUUCCACACCUUAUUGUUUGUCACUAG